AGUCUUUGGAGCCUAUUCUUUUUAAUUAAGUCUCCAUGCAUCCUCUUCUUUAUAAGAUCAUGGAUGGUUAUACAACAGUGCUAUGACCAGCUUUCAGCAAACAAAAUACAGUAGUCAGCUAUCUAGCAUGUCUCUUUUCAACCUCAAAACCUGUGGCAUUCCACAUAAACUCCAUCCUCAUUCUAAUUACCCAUCUCUCUCAGCUUCUUUGGAAUCUGGAAAGAAAAUUUCACCAGAAGCCCAUACAGAUGUCUUGGAUAUUCAGGGGAGAAAAGAAAGAAUCAGAAGCCUAUUUAGUAAGGUUGAACUAUCAGUUUCAGCAUAUGACACAGCAUGGGUUGCGAUGGUCCCUUCUCCUCGUCAUUCUCAGACUCCUUGCUUCUCCAAUUGUGUGGAUUGGAUUUUGGAAAACCAACUAAAUGAUGGAUCCUGGGGUCUUCCUCAUCAUAAUGGACAAUGGCUGAAAGAUGAUCUUUCAUCUACAUUAGCAUGUAUUCUUGCACUAAAGCGAUGGGGCGUGGGUAAAGAACAUAUCAAUAGGGGUACACAUUUUCUUGAGUUAAAUUUUGGCUCUGCUAUUGAUGACAGUCAGCCUGCACCAGUGGGUUUUGACAUCAUUUUUCCGGGAAUGCUUGAGUAUGCUACGACACUAGAUUUGAAGCUUCCUCUAGAUCAAACAACAUUCAACGAUAUGCUUAAAAAGAGGGACCGGGAGAUCAAAAGAUACUCAGAAAACCAGUCAUCACAAAGUGAAGCCUACUUGGCAUAUGUUUCAGAAGGGAUGGGAAAUUCACAAAAUUGGGACAUGAUCAUGAAAUUUCAGAGGAAGAAUGGUUCAUUAUUCAAUUCACCGUCAACUACAGCAGCUUCUCUGAGUCACACUCAAAAUACUGGUUGUCUUAAUUACCUCCGUGGAGUGCUGAAGAAGUUUGGAGAUGCAGUUCCAACAGUUUAUCCUUUCGACAUAUAUGCCCGCCUCUGCAUGGUUGAUAAUCUUGAUAAAUUGGGAAUUGAUUGGCAUUUUAGGCAGGAGAUCAGAACCGUGCUGGAUGAAACAUACAGUUCCUGGCUGCAGGAUGACGAAGAGAUAUUCAAGGAUGUGGCGACGUGUGCUUUGGCGUUUAGGAUUUUAAGGGUAAAUGGAUAUGAUGUUGAUUCAGAAAAAUUGACCCAAGUCGCCCAAGAAGAUUAUUACUGUAAUUCACACGGUGGACACUUGAAUGACACAUAUGAAGCGCUUGAGUUGUACAGGGCAUCUCAGAACAUCAUAUAUCCAAAUGAAACAGCUUUAGAGAAGCAAAAUUCAUGGUCCAAGAAUUUUCUGCAACGGAAAUUAAAUAACAGAUCGGUUCAUUCAGAUAAAUAUACCAGUGCAAUGUUUCAGGAGGUUGAGUAUGCUUUGAAGUUUCCUUACUAUGCAACUCUGGAACGAGUGGUUCACAGAAGAAGCAUAGAGCAAUAUAAUACAGGCAAUUUGAGAAUCCUAAAGACUUUGUGCCUUUCGGAAAAUAUUAGCAAUACCGAGUUCCCAAGAUUUGCAAUGGAGGACUUCAACACAUCUCAAUCUAUAUACCAAGAAGAAUUGAAGCUUCUUGAGAGCUGGACAGUAGAUAAUAAACUGAAAACGCUGGAGUUUGCACGCGAAAAGAAUGUGUAUUGUUACUUCUGUGCUGCGGCCAUGAUAUUUCCUCCUGAACUACAUGAGGCACGCAUAACAUGGGCCAAGUAUAGCAUUCUCACUGCUAAGGUGGAUGACUUCUUUGACAAUGGAGGUUCCAUGGAAGAACUACUAAACCUAAUUCAAUUGUUUAAAAAAUGGAAUGUAGAUGUGCACACUGAAUGCUGUUCUGAGAAUGUCCGGAUCUUAUUUUUAGCUCUUCGUAGCACAAUAUGCGAGACUGUGGACUGGGCUUCCAAAUGGCAGGGACGCAAUGUCACCAACCACAUGAUUGAAAUUUGGAUGGAGGUGCUGGAUACAAUGUUAAAAGAGGCCGAAUGGGCUAGAGGUACUUAUGUGCCAAAAAUGGAUGAAUACAUAGAAAAUGGUUAUGUAUCAUUUGCCUUGGGACCAAUUGUUCUGCCAACUAUCUACCUUGUUGGUCCUCAGCUCUCUGAGAGCGUUGUUGGGAGUGAUGAACUCCGCAACCUUUUCAAGCUUAUGAGCAUGUGUGGGCGCCUCCUGAAUGAUAUUCAGAGCUAUAAGAGAGAAUCUAAGCAAGGUAAACUAAAUUAUGUGCCAUUGCAUAUGAUUAACACUGAUUCGAGUAGUGAAGAAGAUGCUGUGGGAGAAAUUAAGCGCAUAAUUGAUGAUCAGAGAAGAGAACUACAGAGACUAGUAGUGGAAGAGAAGGAGAGUGUAGUCCCAAGAGUUUGCAAAGACUUGUUUUGGAAAAUGAGCAGAGUGGUGCAUCUUUUUUAUAUGAACGAUGAUGGUUUCACCUUAGAGAACAUGUUUGGGGCUGUCAAGGACGUUUUACAUAAACCUAUUUCCAGUGAUCUCAAGUGAAACUAUUAUCUAAUGCGCAACACACUAGCUCCCUUCACUACUACAGCUGGGAAAAGAGAAGAUCUUGAUGUGCAGCAAGACCGAUAAUGUGUAAACCCAUGCAUGCCAUUUGUUGCAUCCUGGUCCCUAGACCUGGAAUCCUUUCCUGUACCACCCAACACUGUGUUCACUUUUCCACAAUACCCACCUUUCUGUUCAUGUUCUCGUUCUACCCACCUUUUUCAUUUUCUCACCUUAUUUAAUACACUAAAUAUUAUGCAAGGUGACUUUUCCACAAUACCCACCUUUCUGUUCAUGUUCUCGUUCUACCCACCUUUUUCAUUUUCUCACCUUAUUUAAUACACUAAAUAUUAUGCAAGGUGGGUAGAAUAGGGAGAUGAAAAAAGGUGGGUAGAAUGGGAAAGUGAACGCAGUUGGUGCAACUUCUCUCUUCCUUGUGUAAAGUUUAAACUUCUUUCUUUCUCAGUUUCAGUUUUUGCAAGACUUCUUUUAUUUAAUUAA